GAUAUCAUAUAAUUUUCAAAUCGAUUGCUGUUAUUCGUUAUUCGAUUAUUAAUUUGUUAUCAACUAUUAUUAGUAAAAAGACAAAACGAUUGCGAUAAGGAAUUGCAUUUGCAUCAACGUGUAGAAGAUGUCUUCGUAUCCCGAUCUACUUUUUCAUCAACCCGAAUUAAUUGUCUGUUGGCACGCUGCGACGUCCAGCGAAAAAGUAUUUAAAAAGCAAUACAACAGUUUUAAAAUAAAGAAGAUGAACGUCCCCAUAAUAUGCGACAAAAUUCUGGAAAUAGUAACGCAGCCACGGAGAAAGAGAACAACGCACAGAUGCAGCUUGUAUUUGUUUUCGCAACUAAUGUGCGGCGUAACAAAACUUCAUAAAUAUCAAAUUGAAUAUUAUCAGAAAGAAGUUUCUGAAUUAGAAGAGAAGAUUCACCCUCCUUUGCGGCCAGAACCAACAAUAAGAGAAGACGAAGAACCACCCGAAAUACAAUUGCCCACGUCUCAAGAUUCCCUUAAUAUUAUCUCGGACUUGCACACCUUUCAGGACGAUGAUCACGAUAACAUGAUACAACGAAUGAUAGAAAUGAAUUUGGCAGCACGGCAGGACUUCGGCGUUCUGACUGAUGAGCAGUUGGUCUAUAUGUUUGAUCAUAUAAAAGACGUAUCCCUGUUAGUUCCUGAACUGUGUCGCUUCCUCGUACCCGAUAGCACAAUGGAGACAGAACAAGUCGCGGAUCUUUUGAAAGAAAAGAACGUCACCGACAUGACGGCUGCUGAUGUGGUAAUUUCAGAAGAGAUUCGUCAAGAGAGGCAACAAUCACAGGAAUUUUGCAGUCCGGAACUUCUGAGUAAAUCAAGGAGAAAAUCCAGAAUCGAGUUGACUCCGCAAAAGCGACUGUCUCAAAUACAAGUGGAAACACCUACAAAGAGAACACGUUUAAUUUUUGACCGCGACGAAACAGCAGCUGGUCCUUCAGAAACAGUUCCAACCGAAUUACCUAUGGAAGUGGAACCACCAUCAGCUCUCAUACUAUCCGAAAAAGAAAUGCAACAGCCAGAUUUAAGUAUGGAAUUGAAACCAUUAGAUACCGUUUUCAUGCAAACUAAAAAAAGUAAGAAAAAGCAAAAAGUUUUCGAUAAAACAAACAGUUUAAAGGAUGAAAAAUGGCUAUAUACGCAAUGGCGUGAAAAUCCAAAUAUUCAUUGCGAGGAUUUAAAAAUACCUUCGUCACGUCACCUGACGUCGCCGAUAAAAUUGUUGAGACAACCGGCAACAGAGUUGUUCACGCGAUGGGGACGCGAUUUGCAACAGCUCUUCAGUAAACGCGCCAAACCGUGUGCGUUCCCGAGCAAAGACAGGGAGGACAUCGUAUCACUUCAACAAGUAAUACGUGCGGAAGAGACGACAAGCAUUCUUGCCACGGAAGAAUUAAGUGCUUUAGGAAAAACACAAACUGCAAUUAUUGCCGACAGUUCGAGCAGAUUAUACAACGUAUCGAACGUUCCUUCAAUUAAUAUAAAUCUGACAGAUCUGAAUAUAAUUCCCGAAACUCGAGAGACAAUAGCACCAACACCAGAAAUACCACUAGAUAUGAUCAAUUUGGUAGAAAACAUUAACAUUACCGAAGACGAACAAAAUCAGCAGAUAAUUAACGCAAAUAUUAUUGAAACCGAAACCAGUCUAGAAGAUAUAGACAUGUUGUUGAAGAAGCAGUCUCCUUUGAAGAUGACCACUUCACUUUCGUCAUCUCCAAAUUCGCAACCAUCUUUAACGAUUCACGACAUUUUAGCAAUGUUGCAAGUUUUGUGGCAGGAACGACCAUACGUCACACUUAACGAUCUCAUUUCGAGAGAUACAUAUUCAACGGAGGAUGUUGCUACAGCCUUUGAAAUACUUCUUGAGCUUCAUAAGCAAAAGAAAGCCGUUCUGUUGCAGAGAUGCUGCUAUGACACUCUAUAUAUUAAGGAUCCACAAGCUUAAUUAUUAAAAGUAAUACAUCUACUGAUAUACUAUUUUAUUUUUAAAGUUAAUCUACUGAUGUACUAUUUAUAAUUACUAUAUUGUUUUACGAUGCUAUUUCUUACUAUUACUUAGCAAUGUUUUAUGAGAAAACUUAUUGUUCCAUUUGCGUCUCUCUUUCAUGUUUGUUCUAAUAUUAUUAUUUAUUUGUUUCUAUAAUAU